AAGAGCAAUAAGAAGAAAUAGUGUAAAAGCUCGUAAGUUGUCGGCGAUUUCAAGAUCUUUCAGAAGUAGGGCAAUUGUAUUGGUACAUAAAUUGUAAGUGAGAGAUAUAUAUUGCACAUUAACAAAGUAAUAUUGAUCAAAAAAAGGAACAAAUUUUAUUAAAUAUCUGCGAGUCAUGACUGCUUCGCGACUGUUUGUUCUCGAAGAUAUGUUCAAGUUUAACCAUAUUGUGAUGGACCCCUUGGUGGAAGUGUACUCCUUGCCGUUCCUGAUUCCCAAGAUUCUGGAGUCGCCCGAACUGGUUAUUGCGGCCGAUGCUCCUGGCAACCGUCUCAUAGGCUUCAUCCUGGGGACACGGGUCGAGGAUGCGGCUGAAUUUUUAAGAGACGGAAAGCAUAUGAGCUGGAGUCAUGGACACAUCUCUGCUCUGGCUGUGGCCCAUGAUUAUCGAAAACAGGGAUUGGCUACUCGGCUCUUAGCAACUGUUAGGGAUUUGUUGGAUCGUCAGAGGGGCUUCUAUGUAGAUCUAUUUGUGCGGGAAAAGAAUACAAAUGCCAUUGGGCUCUACGAGUCCCUGGGCUAUGUGAAAUAUCGCUGGAUGCCUCAGUUUUAUGCCGACGACCAUGGGUAUGAAAUGCGACUGCCCCUGUCCCGCGAUGUGGAUAGGAAGUCCCUAGAGGGAAUUAUGAUUAACAAACUCUUCAGUUUCGGCAAUAAGCUGUACUAUCUGCUGAUGCUGUACAUAUUCGGAAUUGCCAGUAUAAUUAUUGGUGGCAAAAUGGUGGAAUAGGCAAUGGUAGCUGCACAAAACUAUCCAACUUUAUUUGGCAUCAAAAUAUAUACAUCAAUUAAAGCA